AUGCGCAUACUUGCCCUCUGGGUUGUUUGUGGAACUUGUCUGACAGUCCCAAGUCAUGGAGAUUCUGUCACACAGACGGUGUCCUCAGAAGUGAAGACAGAAGGAGAGGAGGUGACUUUCAGCUGCAGCUAUGAUACUACAGAGAGGGACUACUUUUUAUAUUGGUACCGGCAACGGUCAGACUCAAGACUUGAAUUCAUACUGCGCAAAGGUUCAAGUGGAUCUGAAGAUAAUGCAGAUUUUGCCCAAACUCGCUUCACCGGCCAUCUACAAAAGGAAAGGAAAUUCACCAGUUUGACCAUCUCAUGGCUGCAGCUGAGCGACUCUGCAGUUUAUUACUGCGCCUUCCGCCGCACAGUGAUAACGUUGCUGAUUUCCCUCAACACUCUGGACUCUGUGGUCAAAAUCUGCUGUAACUUCAUUUACACGUUCACGGAUGACACCACUGUCGUCGGCCGGACAGCAAACAAUGACGAGACGGUGCCCGUGAAGGAGAUGGAGAGUCUCGUGGCAUCGUGUCAAGACAACAACCUCUGCCUCACUGGCAGAAAAAAGAAGCUUAUCGACAUCACGCCCGUCUGCAUCAGUGCUGCUGUGGUGAAGAUUGUUCAGAGCUUCAAAUUGCUAGGUGGAAGUAUCGCUAUCAAUUUUUCCCGCUGCAGCCACGUGAACGCUUUGGACAAGGUAACAUACCGGCGUCUCUAA